GGCUCGGCCGCCAGCGACCGAGCGGGGCCCGGCCCGAGCGGGGCCUGGGGGUGCGACGCCGAGGGCGGGGGAGCGCGCGCCGCUGCUCCGGACCGGGCCGCGCGCGCCGCCUCAGGUGUAGUGCCCACACAGCUGCAGCCAUGGGGUCUGAGGACCAUGGGGCCCAGAACCCCAGCUGUAAAAUCAUGACCUUUCGCCCGACCAUGGAAGAAUUCAAGGACUUCAACAAAUACGUGGCCUACAUAGAAUCACAGGGAGCCCACCGGGCGGGCCUGGCCAAGAUCAUUCCCCCGAAGGAGUGGAAGCCCAGGCAGACCUACGAUGACAUCGACGACGUGGUGAUCCCUGCCCCCAUCCAGCAGGUGGUGACCGGGCAGUCGGGCCUCUUCACGCAGUACAACAUCCAGAAGAAGGCCAUGACCGUGGGGGAGUACCGCCGCCUGGCCAACAGCGACAAGUACUGCACCCCACGACACCAGGACUUCGACGACCUGGAACGCAAGUACUGGAAGAACCUCACCUUCGUCUCUCCCAUCUACGGGGCUGACAUCAGCGGCUCUUUGUACGACGACGACGUGGCGCAGUGGAACAUCGGGAGCCUCAGGACCAUCCUGGACAUGGUGGAGCGUGAGUGCGGCACCAUCAUCGAGGGCGUCAACACCCCCUACCUCUACUUCGGCAUGUGGAAGACCACCUUCGCCUGGCACACGGAGGACAUGGACCUGUACAGCAUCAACUACCUGCACUUCGGGGAGCCCAAGUCCUGGUAUGCCAUUCCCCCGGAGCACGGCAAGCGCCUGGAGCGGCUGGCCAUUGGGUUCUUCCCGGGGAGCUCGCAGGGCUGCGACGCCUUCCUUCGGCACAAGAUGACCCUCAUCUCGCCCAUCAUCCUGAAGAAGUACGGGAUUCCGUUCAGCCGGAUCACGCAGGAGGCUGGGGAAUUCAUGAUCACGUUUCCCUAUGGCUACCAUGCUGGAUUCAAUCACGGCUUCAACUGUGCAGAAUCUACCAAUUUUGCCACCCUGCGGUGGAUCGAUUACGGCAAAGUAGCCACUCAGUGCACCUGUCGCAAGGACAUGGUGAAGAUCUCCAUGGACGUCUUCGUGCGCAUCCUGCAGCCCGAGCGCUACGAGCUGUGGAAGCAGGGCAAGGACCUCCCCGUGCUGGACCACACGCGGCCCACGGCACUCAGCAGCCCCGCGCUCAGCUCCUGGAGCGCGUCCCGGGCCUCCCUGAAGGCCAAGCUCCUCCGCAGGUCCCACCGGAAGCGCACUCAGCCCAAGAAGCCCAAGGCCGAAGACCCCAAGUCUCCAGAGGAGGGUGCCACCGCGGCAGCCCUUCUGGAGGAGGCCGGAGGCUGUGUGAAGGAGGAGGCUGUGCAGGAGGCCGACCCCGAGGAGGAGGAGGAGGAGCUGCCGCAGGGCCUGCCGCAGGAGGCUGAGGGCACCGAAGAGGACGGACGGGCCAAGCUGCGGCCAGGCAGGGCCAAGAGCGACCGCAGGAAGAAGAGCUACGGCCCCCUCUCGCCCCAGCUGCUGCCCCAGUUGCCGCCGCCCCCUCCGGCCCCGCUGGCCACCGAGGAGGGCCUGCGACUGCCACCCUCUCUGCAGCCCCCGGCCUUGGUCCCAGACUCCACAGCCGUGGGGGAGGGCACCCCGCCACCGCCCCUCAACGUGUUGCUCCCUGAGGCGCCUGGCGAGGAGCAGGAGGCCCGGCCGCGGCCCAUCAUCCCCAUGCUCUACCUGGUGCCCCGCACCAGCACGGCAGGGCCUGACCGGGACCCCGGGCCAGGCCAGCAGGCGUCGCCCAUGGAGCUGACGGGCCCCGAGGAGGAGACCAGGGCCCACGCUGGGGGCGUGCAGGUACCAGCUACCUUCCCCAAAUUAAAGAUGGAGAUCAAGAAGAGCCGGCGCCACCCCUUGGGCAGACCACCCACCCGGUCCCCGCUGUCAGUGGUCAAGCAGGAGGUCUCAAGUGACGAGGAAGCUCUGCCUUUCUCUGGGGAGGAGGAUGUGAGUGACCCCGAGGCCUUGAGGUCACUGCUGUCCCUGCAGUGGAAGAACAAGGCCGCCAGCUUCCAGGCUGAGCGCAAGUUCAACGCCGCGGCUGCCCUGACCGAGCCUUACUGCGCCAUCUGCACCCUCUUCUACCCCUACAGCCAGUCCUUGCAGACCGAGAAGGAGGCACCGCCAGCCUCCGUUGGGGAGGGCCCCCCCACCACGCCACCUUCCAAAAGCGGCCAGAAGACACGGCCGCUGAUCCCAGAGAUGUGCUUCACCUCCAGCGGGGGGAACACCGAGCCGCUGCCCGCCAACUCCUGUGUGGACGACGACGGGACCAGCCCGCUGAUUGCCUGUGCCCAGUGCUGCCUGCAGGUCCAUGCCAGUUGCUAUGGCAUCCGCCCCGAGCUGGUCAAGGACGGCUGGACGUGUUCUCGGUGCACGGCGCAUGCCUGGACUGCGGAGUGCUGCCUGUGUAACCUCCGGGGGGGAGCGCUGCAGACCACCACCGACAGCAGGUGGAUCCACGUGAUCUGUGCCAUCGCCGUCCCCGAGGUGCGGUUCCUGAACGUGAUCGAGCGCCACCCUGUCGACAUCAGCGGCAUUCCUGAGCAGCGGUGGAAGCUGAAAUGUGUGUACUGCCGGAAGAGGAUGAAGAAGGUGUCGGGGGCCUGCAUCCAGUGCUCCUACGAGCACUGCUCCACGUCCUUCCACGUGACCUGCGCCCACGCUGCCGGGGUCCUCAUGGAGCCGGACGACUGGCCCUACGUGGUGUCCAUCACCUGCCUCAAGCACAAGUCGGGGGGACACGCGGUCCAGUUCCUGAGGGCCGUGUCCUUAGGCCAGGUGGUCAUCACCAAGAACCGCAACGGGCUCUACUACCGCUGCCGCGUCAUCGGUAGCACCACGCAGACCUUCUACGAAGUGAACUUCGAUGACGGCUCCUACAGCGACAACCUGUACCCCGAGAGCAUCACUAGUAGAGACUGCUUACGGCUGGGGCCCCCUCCCGAGGGCGAGGUGGUGGAGCUGCGGUGGACUGACGGCAACAUCUACAAGGCCAGGUUCAUCUCCUCUGUCACCAGUCACAUCUACCAGGUGGAGUUCGAGGACGGCUCCCAGCUGACGGUGAAGCGCGCGGAGCUCUUCACGCUGGAGGAGGAGCUCCCCAAGAGGGUGCGGUCCCGCCUGUCGCUCAGCACAGGGGCACCACAGGGCCCUGCCUUCGCAGGUGAGGAGGUGAAGGCCGCCAAGCGCCCACGGGUGGGCGCCCCGCUCGCUGGCAUCGAGGAGCCUGGGCGCAACCCCGACUACCUGGCCUUCGUGGAGAGCCUGCUGCAGGUGCGGGGCCGGCCCGGAGCCCCCUUCUAGCACAGUGGCCACCAGGCGACCCCUCGGCCCAGCGAGGCGGACAUGUCGGGCCUGGGCGUCUGCUUGCGGUGGAUUCCUGUCCUCGCUUCCCAGGCCGAGAGGCCAUCUCCGCGCCACGGGUGCCCCUCCAGGGUGACAGGAGCGAGCAGGACGCCCUCGUGGCCUGGACUCAGGGAGCAGGGCCAGCGGGCUGGGGAGGCCGCGGCUGGUGCCGCCCAGGGGCUCCUGGGAUCCCAGCCCGCGCUCCGUUCUCAAAGGUGCUACCGCACUGCUGCUGAGCAGCUGGAGACGUGGUUUCUGUACAUAGCCGCCUUCCGAGGUGCUUUCCACACGCGUUGUCAUGAAAAGCGAGGAAACAGCAGCCGGCAGAAGCCCCAGAGCGGUCUUCUAGGUUUGUGGCUUUGAACCAACAAAACGAGACGGGACACCUCCUUUUCUGCAGAACCAAGGCCCCUCGGACCCUCGGCGUCACCGCUUUCGUUUGUCCUUGUUUUGAGACUCAUCUGUCUGCAGGGAGGGGCGAGGCCUGGAGUCUGAGCAGCUUGGCGGCUCUGGCGGAAGGGUAGGGCCCUGGGACAGGGACGGGGACAGCCCGGCCCCCGGCUCACCUGCCCUGGCUCCGCCUGGCGGGUGGUCCAGGGCCCUCCCACCCCUGCACUUAGUGUGGCCGUCCCCUGUGCCUGGCCAGUGGAGCUGAAAGGCCUGGGAGCCCCUUCCUCUGCGCAGACCUUGGCAAGCCGACGGCCUCCCCAGAGGGUCACUGCCCGGCCAGGGGCAGGUGUUGGGGCAGGUCCAGACCUGUGGCCCCAGAGGCCAGCGUGAGGGCUGUCUGCUCCUCGGCAAGUGUGGCGGCACCGGGCCUGGGAGCCAGGGUCCCCGUGGACGAGGGGACGCAGCCAAGCCAGGAGCCACAGGUGGUCCAGUCAAACAGUGCAGGCCUGCCCAGCGUGCCGAGCCCCCCCGGGACGCCUCCCUCCACUGUCCCUGUCCUCGGUCACUGCGGACUCACGUCCCUCCAGCGGCCACAGGCUGAACUGAAGCCGCCCAGGUCCCGGCCGCCCCACCCAGAGCCUCCCGUGGCAGCCGUCCACCUGGGGACCGAGAGGCCCGUGCGCUUGUGUGGAGAGUGUUCUGCCGUGGCCGGGCCUGGGGAGCUGCCCAGGUGCCCUCUGCAGGCAGCGGCCCGCUGGGCGGCUGUGUCCAUAUGUAGUUUGAAAAUGCUAUUUAUAUUGUAAAGAGUGAGGCGGGCAGGGUGCCGAGGGCGCCUGGCCUGGAGCACAGGCGGGCGGCACGCACAGCGCCGGGCAGCCGACCGGAGCCCCUCCCGAGACCAAGGGCGCGCUGUACUCGUGCCCAGUUCUGCUGCCUCCAGGUUCAUGAUGAAUUAAAGGCUCUCGAACACUC